GGGCUUGACCAAAGCUUUUUGGUAUAAUUCGUCGCAUUGUCGACUGAGGUUUUAGGGCGGAGCAUGGCGGAGAGCACGACGGGAGACGCCGCGGCGAAGGUCUGUGAUGCUCCUCCCCCGGAUCGCUCGGAGAAUUUUAAGGUGGAUCCCGGAAGCGAUCGAUUGGUUCGUGUCGACGAUUCAGUAGAGACGGAGAAGACUGAGAAUCACGCCGGGGCGGAGGAACAGGAGGAUCGAAGGGGCGAAGAAGAAGGAGAAGAAGCACAAGGAAAAGAAGAAGAGGGAGAAGAAGAGGAAGCUCUCCGCGAGUUGCCUGAGAAGAUGAGAAAAUCUGUGGAAGUCAUUCAUCACAUUUCGGGAGAGACCGGCCUUGAGUCUACGGUCUAUAUGGUCGGCACAGCGCAUAUUUCUAAGGAGUCGUGCGAUCUCGUUGAAGCCGUGAUCAAGCUCGUCAAACCAGAGGCAGUUUUUCUUGAGUUGUGCAGAGAACGAUGCUCGUUGCUUUUGAAAACAACAAAUGGAAUUCCCACAGUAAAGCAGAUGCUAGAGUCGUGGAGAUCAAAGAAAAUGAAUUCCUUUGGAAUCAUUUAUUCGUACUUCCUCGCAAAGGCUGCUCAAAGGCUGGAAGUUCCACCGGGGGGUGAAUUUCGAAGAGCUUAUGAAAUCGGACGCGCUUGCAAUGCGCUUGUUAUUCUCGGGGACCGGCCUGCCUCGAUUUCGCUGAAACGAGCUGUGGCGAGGUUGACACUCUGGCAAAAGAUGAAGCUGGGCGGGACUUUACUCUGGAGUAUAAUUUGCCUACCGGGGGCUGAAGAACUCGAGAAAAUGUUAACAGAGCUCACCGACACCGAUGAAUUUGUAAAAUUCCUGAGAGAAUAUUGCAAGAAUUUUCCCACGCUUCUGGACGCCCUCCUGACGGAAAGAGACUUAUUCAUGACUUCAACGCUGAGAAGCGCGUGCAGCAAAUACGCCUCCGUUGUUGCGGUUGUCGGCAAAGGUCACGUUUCAGGGAUCAUUGCCAACUGGACCAAACCACCUAUCGAGGUCGAUGCUCUACUUGAAGUCCCAGAGAAAAAAUCGUGGGGAGUUCGCUGGCGGCUUGGAUCUCUGUUUUUGGUUGGAGUUGGCCUCGGCUUCUACAUAGGGAAGAGAUGGAUGCUGGGAUCACUUAGCGCCAAACUUCCUAAGUUGGCACACGCAUCCAAGCCUCCCGUCAUCGUCCCGGCGUCGUACACUCCAGGAUCGCCCAAGCUCACGGUGGCGAACUCGCUCAUCAACAUGCACGACGGCAUCCUGGGAGAGGGAUUGAGCACGAACGGAGACGCCGCGGGAAAGGUGUAUGAUGCUCCUCCCGCCGCAUUCGAGACGGAUCGCUUGGAGAAUUCUAAGGUGGAUCCCGGAGGCGAUCGAUUGGAUCGUGUUGAAGAUUCAGUAGAGACGGAGAGGUCUGAUAAACACGCCGGGGCGGAGGAACAGGAGGAUCGAAGAGGCGACGAAGAAGGAGAAGGUCAAGGACAAGAAAAAGAAGAAGAGGGAGAAGAAGUGGAAGCUCUCCGCGAGUUGCCUAAGAAGAUGAUAAAAUCUGUGAAAAUCAUUCAUCACAUUUCGGGGGAGACCGGCCUUGAGUCUACGGUCUAUAUCGUCGGCACAUCGCAUGUUUCUAAGGGAAGCCGUGAUCAAGCUCGUCAAACCAGAGGUUUAGCUUUCUUCGCUUUUUGUUCUACAUUUCACCUUUUUGUUCUUCAUUUCGUGAACAGGCAGUUUUUCUUGAGUUAUGCAGUGAACGACGCUCUUUGCUUUUGCAACCAACGAUUCAUGAAGUACGUUUUUAUGGAUUGGUAUUUCAUUUUGUUUUCCUCUCAGAUUCCCACAGUAAAGAAGAUGCUAGAAGCCUGGCGAUCAAAGCAAGAGAAUACCCUUGGAAAAAUGUAUUCUUACUUCCUCGCAAAGGUAUCGUUCCUCGUAGGUGUAAAUCACUUCAAAACUAUAGACGUUCAGGUUGCUCAAAGGCUGGAAGUUUCACCGGGGGACGAAUUCCGAAGAGCUUACAAUACAGGACGCGCGUGCAAUGCGGAAAUUAUUCUCGGGGACCGGCUUAACUCGAUUACACUACAACGAGCUACGGCGGGGUUGACACUGUGGCAAAAGAUGAAGCUGGGCGGGAGUUUACUCUUGAGUAUAAUCUUCCUACCGUGGGUUGACAAAAUGGAGCUCUCCGACGACACUGUAAAGCUCCUGGGAGAAUAUGUCAAGAGUUUUCCCUCGCUUAUAAACGCUCUCCUGACGGAAAGAGACUUAUUCAUGACUUCAACACUGAGAAGCGCGUGCAGCAAACACGCCUCCGUUGUUGCGGUUGUCGGCCAAGGUCACGUCCCAGGGAUCAUUGCCAACUGGGCCAAACCACCGAUCGAGGUCGGUGCUUUGCUUGAAGUCCCCGAAGUCCCCGAGAAAAAAUCGUGGGGAGUUCGCUGGUGGGUUGGAUCUCUGUGUUUGGUUUUAGUUGCCAUCGCCUUCUACAUAGGAAAGAGAUGGAUGCUGUGAAGAGUAGGCAUCAAGACUGUACAGUG